AUGACUGAACGAAAACGUUUAUCUGAUACAGACGAAUCGCCAACUAAUAAUACUAAAAAAAUUAAACUUAUUCAAUCAACACGUCCUUUGUGUCGAUAUGGUGCGAAAUGUUAUCGAAAACAUCCCGAUCAUUUACGUGAUUAUCGUCAUCCAUCAAAUGAUAAAAAAGAAAUAGAAAAUGAUAAUGAUGAUGAUGAUGAUAGUUUAACAGCUGAACCAACAAUCUCCUUUUCUGUAUCGUCAUCAAAAAAAGAAACAUCAGCACCAAACUCAUCUUCAUCCUCACCAGUCAAACAAACAACAACAUCGAACAAUACUACCAUAAGUUUAAUGGAAUUGACAGAAUUAACCGGUGAAAAAUUACUUUCAGAGCUUUAUCAAAUGAAAUUUCCAUCUGAUCUUCAUGAAUUUUGGAAUUUUUGCUCAAAUAUAAACAAGAAAAAUCCACGUGAUGUAUUAAAAAAUCUACUCAAUAUAGAAUUAGUUGGUCCAUUUGAAAUUCUUGAUGGUGCUUUAACAACAUGCAAAACAUUACCAAAUAUGAAUUUACAUUAUCGCUAUUAUUAUGAUACGCCUGAGUUUAUGACUGUCAUUCGAACUCUUGAUAAACAAAGUCAAUUUCAUAUUGGCUAUCACAGAGAUUCACCUGAUGAAUUACCAUCAUUUCUUGCUUCUAAUGAUUCAAAUACAAAUAAUCAUUUUAAAAUCUGUGGUGACAAUAUAUUUGCUGCAAUUCAUUCAUAUGCUCGUCAUAGUUUGAAAACAAGUGAUAAAUCUGAUUUAAAAACUUUUAUAUCUGAUUUGGAAACAUUUGCAAAGAAACAUAAGUUUGCAUUAGAAGAAACAACAUCAAAAAUAACUGCACGAAAGAAAAAAGUCAAUUGUACAUUAUUAAAUUCUUUAGGAAUGGUAGUUCCUUGUGAAAACGAUAUUGGUUAUCGUCCUGUUCCAUAUACUAAAGAUCAAUUUAAAAAAAUUUGUGAUAAAUUUUGUAAUAGUUCAUCGGAAGAACUUUGUCAAACAGCUGAAGAUGAUUUACAACAUGUAAUAACAUGUAUCCAAUUUGCAAAUGAUGAAUGUGAUUAUGGUGAAGGUUUAGAAUUUGGUUUAAAUUUAUUUUUAUAUGGUUCAUCAAAACUUCAUACACGUAUUCUAACACUUUUACCACUUGCAUAUAAAUUACUUCAUCGCGAUCUCUAUGGAGAAAUUAUAACGGAUCAUAUAUCAUCUGGUCGUUCAAAUUUAAUUAAAGAUUUAAAUGAAAUAGAAAAAAACAAAUAA